AUGGCCGAAUAUGCGACGGAGGCUUCAGACAAAAUACAGCAAACAGUUCCGCAAUCCUUCCCACCAACUGCGGGCGAGCUGGAUAAACACCGGAAGUACCUAAUCCUUGCUUGUCUCGUUGUGUACCUUGAGGUGACGAUGGUGAAGCAAGUCCUCCAAACAAACAUCCCAACACGAAGCACACACUGUCAGGGAUUAGUGCUAGACUUGUUAAUUCUUCACCGACUUCCCACGCCGCCUGACAGACCUCAGAAAGACCUGGUGGAAGGUAUCAGCCAGACGCGGAGACUUCACCAAGGAACAUACAGCAGCAUGAACAGGAUACCAGUCGUAGUGGCCGCCGCCAUGUUGGCAAUGUUGGCGCUAGCGAAUGGACGCCGGACUGUCAGGAAGUCAGUCUACAAGCAGUGGUGCGAGGACCUCGAGGACGGCAUGUACAUCAGCGACUGCACCACCUUCUACCGCUGUGUCAACGAGACUACGGAGUACCUGCCGUGUCCUAGCAACCUCGUGGCCAACGAGAAACACAUGUGGUGUGACUACAAGGAUUUAGUGAAACCCCCGUGCGGCACCGCCCCGAACUGCACCGGCAUGGACGGCAACUACCCCGACUACGCCAGGAAGUGCCAGUACUACUUCACGUGUCUCCAUGACGACUUCUACGGCUACACAAGAUGCGCAGCCAAUUUGCUUUUUAACCCCGAGAAGAACAACUGUGAUUGGCCGUGGCUGGUCAAGCCUCCAUGUGGGACGGCCCAAGGGAACGUGUGGCCAGAUGGGAGGCCACAACCCCACGGCAAGUAGGGUCAGGCCGCACCCCACGGGAAGGAGGGGUCAGGUCGCACCCCACGGGAGGAAGGGGUCAGGCUUCAUCUAUGAGAUGACAGAGCAACACCGAAUAUGUUUGAUGUCUAUAUCCACGACCGUGUCUUCUUCAACUGUAACUGAUACAGACAGGGCCUUGCUGAUUAAACCUGUAUAUACAGAAAGAUUCAUUUGAUUUGACAAAGAGUGAUAAACAAAAUUUCCUAUUAAUGACAUUUUAUUGCAUGGGUUAAAUGGACUGAUAGCUCAGGGUCAGGGUAAACUGCGGUUGCCAUGGUAACUGUGGGUUCCAUGGUAACUGUGGAUGCCAGGAUAUCCGUGGUUGCCAGGGUAGCUGUGGAUGCCAGGGUAACUGUGGACGCCAAGGUAACUGUGGACGCCAGGGUAACUGUGGACCCCAGGGUAACUGUGGACGCCAGGGUAGCUGUGGAUGCUAGGGUAGCUGUGGAUGCCAACAUUACAGCUGAGACUAUCCACAAGGACAGCAUAUUUACAACAUUAGGUUUAUCUUUCGUAACAUUUUCCCCUUGACGGACCCAAGAUGCCCGUACGUCCUCGCAAAUAAAGCUGAUUCAUAUGGCA